CUUCUUCCUUCACAUUCACCGAUCACCUUGCUUAUUGCACAUUUCGCCUCCAUACUGCUAACAAUUAUAUAACCCUGUCCCCAUAACGAAAUGUGCUUUUUUCACCGUGCCAAUGUAACAGAAACCCCUCGAGUGCCCGGUUUCUACCCGUAGGAACGCGGCUUUUUGUUCCUUUACCAGGCACCCAGCCUUGCCAGAUUCACACCAAUUCUAUCACGAUCUCGUCGCCCACGAUGAAUUGCGACAUUUGCCAGAGGGCGCAUCACCCUAACAGGCUGCCCUUCUUCUGUACAGUCGAUGCGAGAAACAAGCUCUACGAUGGACGACUAGCGAAUGCUGAGAUCCUUAUGAAAACCGAGGAGCUCGAGUCUCGAAUGACUAAGCUGUUGUCUGACGCCGAUGUAAGCUCGGACGCUCCAGCCCGCCGGUCUCGAACCUACAUCGAGAACUGUGCCUCGGAAGAAUACCAGGCGAAAGAGAGAACAGACAGAAUAAUAGCAGCGGCAGACAAGCUCCGCGACGAGGUUGCCGCGGCGAAGAAGGAAAUUGAAGAGCGUAAAGCGAGCAUGGCGCGCAAGAGAUCCGACCUCGCCACCGCUUCGCAGGGCAUUACCGCACGACGAACACGACAGUUAGAAGAGCCGAUCAAGGCCGCCAAGAUGAUUAGGUAUACUUGGGACCGAGAAUACGAGGCUAUGACGCAGUACAGGGCUGCGUUGUGUAUGGAGGUUGCCAAGCUUUACAGGCUGCAACGUAUCAAACGUGGGAAUCCCGUGCGGUUUGAAUACAAGAUUGGCGGCAUUGACAUUGUUGACUUGUGUAACAUGAACAGCGCACAACCCGAACUUAUAUCUGCGUCUCUCGCACAUAUCACACAUCUGCUCUGGCUAACUUCACAUUACCUUUCCAUCCGCCUUCCAGCAGAAAUCACCCUCCCACACAACGACUACCCCCGUCCAACCAUCUUCUCACUCACAUCAUCCUACCACCACGGAGACGUCGCCUUCCCGGGAACCUCCCUCUUACCUCCCGAUCCACGUGACCGGCAGUUCGCCCACGUGCCUCACCCACGCCCCCUAUUCCUCGACAAACCUUUAUCUACCCUCGCCAAAGAGGACUCUGCCGCCUACAACACCUUCCUCGAGGGGGUCAUUCUCCUAGCCUACGACAUCGUCUGGCUCUGCCGGACGCAAGGCGUCCCCGUCGGCGACAACAGCAACCAGCUCGAGGACUUCUCGCAGAUCGGCCGGAACCUGUAUAAUCUCCUCAUCAACUCCUCGUUACAGCGCAAUCCGCAGCAAAUCGCCGACGCCCCGCCCUCGCAAACCGCGAGCCACAGCAACAACAGCCGCAGCGGCGGUAGCGGUCUUCACGGCAGCAACAGCAACGGCAACAGCGCCGGCGACGACGAAGGUAGCAACGGCAGCACGGCGGCGGAGCUCGGCAAGGCCGGGCCGCGCAUGGGCCUGUACUCGCACGGCACGGCGCACACGUACCUCGGCGGCGCCGCGGGCACGGAACUAACGCGCGGCUUCAAGAUGCCGAACGUGAUGAAGAUGGCGGACCGCCUGCGCGCGCGCCUGCUCCGCGAGACGACGCCGGCGCCCGAGUGGGAGCUGCUCGAGGACGACGCGUGGACGCCGGACGACGCGCUCGACGACGGCGUGCUCGUCGGCGGCGGCGCCGCGCCCGCCGGGUCCGGGGCCAGGGGUGGCCAGCUCGGCGUUCCCGGGCACAGGUUUGGGAUCGAGAGUUAUAUGAGUGUUAAUACGGUUAAGAGCGGGAGUAGUGGCGAUCAUGUUCCGAGUUCGAGGGUGCCGCCGCAUGGGAGUGGGGCUGCGGUGGCGGGGAGGGAUCGCGAGAAGGGUGGUGAGAGGGAGAGGGAGAGGGGGACGAGUGGGUGGACGAAGAUUAAGCCGAGGUAGAUGUAUUAUUCGGGUUGGUUGUGUAAUAGGAACCUAGGUACGGUAGGGUAGGAUAGGUUGGAGUGGGGUACAUUAUGUAGGACUAGGACUGGGACUGGGACUAGGUUAGACCGAGUGUGUUGAAUAGAAGAUACCCGUUGUCUAUUCACUUUGGAUUCCCUGUAUUGGUUCUGACUGGCUUUAGCUGGGCGUGUUCGAAAGAAGCUUUUAUUUGUGGGCGAGUGAUGGUGGCGAGGAGAUUAGGGGAGAGUAGUAGGACAUGGCCUACAUACUCGUAAAUAGGAACCUAGGUAUGUAUAUUGAACUCUAUGCAUUUUGAUCUAUCGCUCUAACUCGACAUCUGUAUUCACAUUCGUAUCUCAAGCUCCUUAGAUUUAUUGCCCUUAUCCAAGUGUUAUUGGAAAUCUGGAAGAUGCGUGGAAUUACCUAACGCGGACCGCCUGCUAGACUUUACCCAAUAAUACUUUUCAUGUCUGAUA